CUUUCAUCAUCUUGCCGUAUUGAAAGUCUCAGUGCAUCCUGAAACCUGAAUUACUUCUUCAAACUACUCAGAUUCUAUGUGUUCCUUUUGUCCUGCUUUCUUGCUCUGCAGACUUUUGAUGCAAAUUGUGCAAUUUAUCCUAGUUGUGCCGUUAUGGCCUGUAGUUCCAGCUUAUACUCAUCAGGCAGUGUGGUAAAACCGAUCUACCCAGUAUGGUUGUUAAGGCAAAUAGAGUAAUGACUAAGAUCAGCAUAUCAACAGGUUGCAUAUCCUAAAUUGCAGAAUGUGGUAACUUCAGCUAGACACAAAACAGAAGUAUUAUCAUAUAUAUCUCUCCAAAUUGAGCUGAAAUUCUAUAAGACAAUGGGGCUACCCACUUUAACUUCAUUUCAUAAUGUGCUUGCAAGAUUGCUUUGUCUAUAUAAUUUGUGUGGCAGCCAUGGCUGUCCCACAAGUUGACAAGAAAAUGCUUGGUGAACUUGAAGAAAUGGGAUUCCCCGCCAUUCGUUCAAUUAGGGCGCUCCAUUAUUCUGGUAAUUCUAAUCUUGAAUCUGCGAUAAAUUGGCUUCUGGAACAUGAAAGUGACCCAGAUAUUGAUCAGUUGCCAUUGGUUCCAAGAGAAAUCAACAUUGAAUGUGGUGACACAUCAAACGAAGUGAGAAACAGCGCUCAAGUAGUGAGGACUCAUGCACAGGAGAGAAAACAAGAGGAGCAAACUGAAGCUGGAAGUCAGAAGGAGACUUCAUUGGUGGAAAGAGAACUAAAUGCAGAUGAACACAGAGAAGAGGAUAGAAAAAGGAUUUUAGCACUAUACAAGUCCAAGCGUGAUGAGGAAGAAAGAGCAAGAGGGAGAAUCCAAAAUCAAGUCCAAGAGGAUAAGAGGGAGAGGAUUCAAGCUGCUAAAGAUCUUAUGGAAGCAAAACGGAUUCUUGAAGAAAGGCAAAGAAAACGCAUGAUGGAAAGUCAAAAAGCAGAACGAGAGGAGGAGAAAAGAGCAAGAGAGAGAAUCCGUCAACGUAUAAAUGACGAUAAGGCAGAAAGGAGGAGAGGACUUGGUUUGCCGCAGGAAAAUACAGUAGCAUCAACCCCGAUAGUAACUCCCAAAAAGGUAAAACCUACUGAACCUGUUGUAACAUCAGAACAACUGAGAGACUGCCUGCGCACUCUGAAAAAGAAUCACAAGGAUGACAAUGCUAGAGUCAAAAGAGCAUUCCAAAUAUUGCUGAAGAUAAUCGCCAACAUAGCAAAGAACCCAGAAGAGGAGAAGUUCAGAAGGAUUCGACUAAGCAAUCCUGUUUUCAAGGACAAGGUGUGCAGUCUGCAAGGCGGCGUCGAGUUCCUGGAGCUGUGCGGGUUCCAGAAGCUGAGGAACAACAGCUACCUGUACAUGCCGAGGGGCAAGGUCGACGUGGCGCUCCUCAACGCUGCAGGGGUUGAGAUCGCGUCUGCCAUGGAGAAUCCCUACUUCGGCCUGCUCUCGAAGUGAGCGGGACAGCCUUCAUUCAUCUCUGCAUCACAUUAAGAGCCCAUCUACUUCGUACAAGCUUCGUGGUAAUGGAAUGGAGUACCAGCGAAUGGACGGCACUGUGGCGAAUGGAUCUCGUCGAUCGGAUCUAUCCCCUGUUGCCGGCAAAUUAUGUACCACCAUAGCGCAACAUUUGCAUUCCAAUAAAUCCACUGGGGUUUCCUGGCAACAAUGGCCUGGUGUUUCUCAUCUUACCAAAGAAAACGGUGCGUGAUUGCAAUUGUAUUCGCGAAUCCUCAUGCAGGAGAAAUCAAAUCAUGGCAUUUACUGUCAUGUUCGUGCU